UGACCGCACCCUGCAUUGCCACUUUCCUCAAGCAAACAUAGCUUGUCUCGGUGCCAGCUGAGAAAAGUAUACAUUGUGACUCUUCAUUCCAGCUUCUACAGACACUUUCUGCAAUUCUGAAGUUUGCUGGUGGAGCCAAAUAGCUUCUAAACUGGAAGGGAGCCUGAAGGACUGAAUCAAAUAGGAACCAAAGAUCCAACUACCAUCAUAUCAGAGUUCAGCUGCGGCCCAGCUGCCAUACCCAGUUCCGACUGUCCUGACCUUGGACAGGAGAGUCCAAGUCCUGCAGUCUUGAAGGAAGAAAUGGAGGAUGGUUGGCCACAGAGAAACCCCCUACGCCAGAGAAGGAAUCGUCCUGAAGCAAGAGUUCAUGAAAGACCUGCAAUGCAAGAGAAUCAACAGUGUAAUCAAACAACUAUUAUCAUAGCUGUAAUCACCACCAUCAUAGCUGUAAUCACCACCAUCAUAGUUUGGUUGGCAGCACAGAAUAUUAAUCAGCCAUGCAGUGAGGUGUCAUCUGUUCGGGCCUGUCCAGCUUUGUGGAUCAACUAUGAGGGGAAAUGCUACUUUUUCUCAGAGGAAAAAGGAGAUUGGGCUUCCAGUCAGAUAUUUUGUGAUUCACAUAAUUCCGCCCUGGCUGUGAUUGACAGCGAGCAAGAAAAGGCAUUCAUUCUGCGCUACAUCAGGGACACUGGUCACUGGAUUGGUCUGAGGAAGGACUCUGGACAAACCUGGAAAUGGGGAAAUGGGGAAGAAUUCAAGAACACGUUGGAGCUGAAAGGAAAUGGAGAGUGUGCAUUUCUGAGCACUGACUUUGCUGUGUCAGACUGCCAUGUAGCAAAAAACUGGAUCUGCAGCCAGCCUGAUACUUAUACAAGGAGCAGAGGUUAGAGUGCCAUUCUAACCAGCAACAUAUGAGAUCCAAAUGGAACCCCAGUAAUUUGGCCUCUGCAUUUUGGACCAACUGAACUUUCCAAGUCAUCUUCAAGGGCAGCUUUUCCUAUUUUUGAAACAGAGAAUGACCAGCUUGGCUUAAUCAUGCCGUUGUCUUGGGUCUUUCGUUGGAGGUGAAAGAAGAAAAUCAAUUGUGCAUUUCUGAGCUUCUUUGUAACUCCACUUUCUAAAGCAGCACCCAUAUAUCCUGUCUCUUACAUUUCCAUGUAAUAAACCAAAUCCUUACAA